AUGAAGCCUUUAUGGGUUAUAUUCUACAACGACAUCAACUGUCAUAUUGAUCGGCAAAUAUGCAAAAGCUUAACCAUUUUUGGUAUACUAAUAAAGGAUUUUAAAAGCUUCACAUUUUUAUUUCUAGUAUUUCUGAUAUCAUUUAGUAGUCCGGAUUCAUUAUUUGAUAUUGAAGCAUUGCCUAUAAAGCUUGAGUGA